AUUACCUUCAUGAUUUCGAAGUGGGCGUUUUCAAUACAUUUUCAAACUUCAUUUUUCACUGCCAGCCCUUAGGCCGUGAGAAUAUACAAGAAUUUCUGCUAUAGCUCUUUUUAAAAUAGUAUAUGAAUUUUAAAAAUUUCAUAGAAAUUAGUAGGAAUACUUCGUUAUGCUAUAUAUCCUACCUUAAUUCAAUUAAGUCCCAAGAGAUUCCGUUUCAGAUAGUUUCAGCUUACGCCAUCUUGCUGGCCGUUAUCGAAUAUAAUAACUACGAAACAAGUGGAUGGCGAAUAUUUCUGCUAAGUGUCAUAGGUCUGGGCACCUUAAUCACUGCCGUCAUGCUUUACGAUGAAAUAAAGGAGGGUAAGCCAGACGAGCUCAAUUUUUACUCAUGCAUGUGCGUGGCGAUGUCACUGCUAUGUUUACUCACUGGAGCUUUCACCCGUGGGCCCGGAACUUCAUCGAAUGUCGUUGGGAUGAUCAUCUCCUGUCUUCUGCUGCUGCUGUCAGCCGGCAUCGUGUGGAGAUGCCGUUUAAUUAUGGUCAAAGUCACGUCGGCUACCAAUUCAGCAUCAGAAUCCCUACCGGCAGCCACAGAAUCUUCCACUUCCAUGGACGGGGAUAGAAUUGGAGAUGAUCCCCCGUCGUACAGAGACGUUGUGCACCGGCCACCCCCGGAGGAAUCUUCCUCUGUCUUCACAGUGCCUCUGCCUCACGAGAUUUAUAGGCGUUUUUCAUACGAGAGUUUGAACUCACUUCCCCCGCCCUACCACUUGGCCGUGUCUCAAAUGUCCUACGAAACAAAUACAUUUCCGAGUGACGUCAUACUCUGUCCGUCAGACAUCACUCUUCCCUCGCAAGCUCCUGCCGGAAAUCUCACGACUCUCUUCAGCAGUUCAAAGUCGCCGCAGUCUGCCGUCCAUGUUCACGAUCCCAAUAGGUUAUAGCUUAUCGAUAUGCGCUGCUGUUUGAAAGCUCAUUUGGAUUAAAGCGUGUUCAAGGAUUGAUGAUUUUAGUGCACAGUGUUAUGUAAUUAGUUUUUUGUAGCUAGCUUAUAGUGACAUAAUUUGUUUAAUUUCACGGAAUUUACUAUUACGCUUUCAUAUAAAUUAGAAUCUGGAAAGUAACCUCUGCUGAAAAAGUUCAAUGUCGAUUGCUGUGAUCUCAGCGUUUGAGGGGCCAAUAACAGCAUUCAAACUUCGCGUCCUGUAUCAUCGUAUCUCUUUAUUCCAAGUAAAAAUCCUGCAAUUAAAAGUUAAUAACAUUAAAGAAACAUGUUUUAAAUACAUUAAUUGAAACGUAUUCAAUCUGUCUUGCAAUUGUCUCCAAACAAAUUAUAUUUAUUCAUCAUUAGACUGAUUAAGAUUCAAUUUAUCGUUCGGAUUUCAUAGUAGUACAAGAGGCUCUUGUUGGUGACCUAUAAUAAGUACAUUAUUUGGUGACAACCUGACAAUGCCAUCUUACUAAUGUUUGCCAUGGGUGAACGAAUGCACGGUUUAUAGUUUAA